UUCAUGGCAAAAUCAUUCCAUAGAAACAUACUCAACCAGCAAAACGAUCUCAUAACGUUUUAACACACAUUUAACUUUAAUAAUUAUUGAAAAGUAUUCUUUAUUAUUGCAUAUUAUACUAGCGAUGUCGCCACAUUUGGACAAGCCGAUAGCAUCCAUUUAUGACAUGAUGAUAGAGCGCCACCGAAAACUUACUUCCGAGUCCACAUCGAGAGAUAUUUCCAUGGCGGCCCAAAAAGUACCCCGGGGGAAAGUCGAGGAUGAAGCUAUGUCCAAAACAAAGACAUGGCCAAAGAAGCAGCACAUCCCUUCCACAAAGGCGGUACGUGAAAUGCCUUCAUCGAUUACCCUGGAGUCGGAAUCCUAUCGUCCACCAGGCACUGUCACGGCCUCACAUCUGACGAAGAAGCAGACAUUCAUGAAGGUUAUGCCCCCAGCAAACAAGGAGGUCAUCAACAAGCUGGUAAAGAAGAUGUCCAUGGCUUGUGGCAGAGCCAGGGACGAGAACUUUGUCCCCGUACCGUCUGAGAAACCCACGAAGUCCGGAAUUCAGCGCAAGGGUAUGGCCACCCUUGGAACUUCCCGGAACAAACAAAAGUCCAACAAGUCCAAUACGGAUCGGCGGCCGUUGUCUCCAAGAAAGGCGGAACGUGGUCCCAACAUGAAGAAGGUGGAACGCGUGCCGAAGGAGAAAUUAAUGGUCAAGGUUGCGCCUAAGCUCUCAAAGACUUCAGGUCUUCAAGAGAAAAGCGUGAGGGAAUCCACUCGCUCACUUAAAACUGCGCCGCUUUCCAAUGAUCGCUGGCGAAUCUAAAAAUUAUAUAGAUUCUUAGGACGACGACUGCGGAAAGUUACAUCCAAUCGAAUUAGGAAAUCUUGGCAUCCCCCAAGAAGUUGAAUCUUCCGACGACCAUUUUGAAAACUACUUCAAAUUUAAAGUAGAGUUGAAGGAAAAGAAAUGGCAGAACAACUUCAGACCAAGCCAUUGUCCCUGCUUAAAGAUUGGAUUCAAUAAAAACGUAAAGUAAAAACA